GUUCACUGCGUUCACUUCUCAGCCACUUCAUAUAAAGCACACAUCGUGGUACACCCACCAUAUCCCAACCUAAUUCUAUUACCAAAUCUGUAAGGAGCCCCUUCACGUUUUAUAGCCAAAUCGCUCAGCACGUCUCACAUCAUUUUGUCCGCGAUGCUUGACUAUCUACCCGAAGACAUCCUUUUCAAGGUUUUCGAUAAUCUUGAUGGUGCCGAUGUGAAGGAACUAGGCAAGACAUGCAGAGCGCUGCGUGCUUCUGUCAAUGCGAGUAUUAACGAUGGCUGUGUCUGGCGACGAGCCUGUGAACGCGAUGGCAUAUCUAAGUCGAAGAGUUGGAACGGUAGGCACUGGGGUGAGGCUUAUUCAUAUCGACAGUACUAUGUGACUUGUCGCAAAGCGGCAGAUGUAUGGAAUCGAACUGAGUUUCAAAACCUCAAAUCGUAUAAUGAACUGGUCAAGUACCUCUCUACGUCCCUGAAACUCUGUGAAACCAAACGAGUUCAAAUUACGGUGCCCAGAUGUAUCAACGAUUGCAAACAAGACAACAAGAGGAGGAAUACUUGGCCUUUGUCUGUGGGACAGUGGGGAAAAGUGCUGGAGAGUUGCACCAUGUGA